AACUGCGGGAAGGUAGAUAGCACAUUCAAUUUCAAGAUGGCUUCCCUAGCGUCACCUCAGCCGGAGCAGAAUCCGAGCGAGUCUCCAGUCCCGGCUUCUAUGUUCUCUCCGGAGCCCGACGGAGAGGAUUCAGAUUGUAGUCUGGAUGGGGAGCCUCUGAGAAACGGAGAAGCCGAGAUUGAUGUGACUAGCAAACUUGUUCUGGUAAGCCCUAGCGCAGAGCAAUAUGACAGCCUACUGCAUCAAUUGCGCGACCGAAUGGAUGAGGGCCGGGGGGAGACCAUCUACGUUAUUGGGCAAGGAUCUGAUGGUACAGAAUAUGGACUUAACGAGGCUGAUAUGGAAGCAUCAGUGGCCACUGUUACUAGUAUGGCGGAACAGAUCAUGGCUGACAUGAUUUUGCUGCGGGAGCAUCAGGAAGCUGGUGGCAAAGUACGAGAUUACCUGGUGCGCAAGAGCGUGGGAGAUAAUGACUUCUUGGAAGUAAGAGUGGCAGUUGUUGGCAAUGUGGAUGCUGGAAAGAGUACACUUCUGGGGGUACUGACUCACGGGGAACUGGACAAUGGACGUGGUUUUGCAAGGCAAAAGCUUUUCCGUCACAAGCAUGAGAUUGAGUCUGGCCGUACCAGCAGUGUUGGUAAUGACAUCCUAGGGUUUGACAGCCAUGGACAGGUGGUCAAUAAGCCAGACAACCAUGGAGGAAGCCUGGAGUGGACAAAGAUCUGUGAGAAGUCCUCUAAAAUAAUAACAUUCAUUGACCUGGCUGGACAUGAGAAGUACUUGAAGACAACCGUUUUUGGGAUGACAGGACAUCUCCCUGAUUUCUGCAUGCUUAUGGUUGGCAGUAAUGCUGGUAUUGUUGGCAUGACCAAAGAACACCUUGGCCUGGCACUGGCGCUUAAUGUCCCAGUCUUUGUAGUGGUGACCAAGAUAGAUAUGUGUCCGGCAAACAUAUUACAAGAAACGUUGAAGUUGCUGCAGAGGCUACUGAAGUCUCCGGGCUGUAGGAAAAUCCCAGUGUUGGUGCAGAACAAGGAUGAUGUGAUUGUAACUGCUUCAAAUUUUAGCUCAGAGAGGAUGUGUCCAAUUUUCCAGAUCUCGAAUGUUACAGGAGAGCACUUGGAUCUCUUGAAAAUGUUUCUGAACCUGUUGUCGCCUCGCAGUAGCUCUCGGGAGGAGGAGCCUGCAGAAUUUCAGAUAGACGAUACCUACUCCGUACCUGGUGUUGGCACUGUUGUGUCAGGCACAACUUUGAGGGGGCUGAUUAAAUUAAAUGACCUGUUGCUACUGGGGCCAGAUCCAUUAGGCAACUUUACUUCCAUUGCAGUGAAGUCCAUCCACCGCAAGCGCAUGCCAGUUAAAGAGGUGCGAGGUGGCCAGACUGCAUCUUUUGCACUAAAGAAGAUUAAACGCUCCUCCAUCAGAAAAGGCAUGGUGAUGGUUUCCCCGCGCCUUAAUCCUCAAGCAUCUUGGGAGUUUGAAGCAGAGAUCUUGGUGCUUCACCACCCAACCACUAUCAGCCCUCGCUAUCAAGCAAUGGUACACUGUGGCAGCAUUCGGCAGACUGCUACUAUCCUGAGCAUGAGCCGCGACUGCCUGCGGACCGGGGACAAGGCCACAGUACACUUCCGCUUUAUCAAAACCCCUGAAUACUUGCACAUUGACCAGAGGCUUGUAUUCAGGGAGGGUCGUACCAAAGCAGUGGGAACAAUAACCAAGUUGUUACAAAGUACAAACAACCUGCCCAUGAACUCCAAGCCGCUACAAGUGAAGAUGCAGUCCACGAAAAAUAGUCCAUAUGGGAAGAAGGAUGAACAGAGCCCGGGUGCACCAGUAACAGAGGAGGCUUCUCCUUCAGCUGCUGCCAUUGGGGUAACUGCAGGAGUUGGCUCUCUUCAUGCACAGCCUAAGACCGGAGGUGGUGGAAGACGUCGCGGAGGCCAGAGACAUAAAGUGAAAUCUCAGGGGGCAUGUACGGCGCCCACGGGGGGAUGCUGAACUUCACUUAACCCCCACCCCUUAUGAUAAGCUGUACAUGCCUCACUACAACAAAGUGGAGAGAAGCAACACACUCCCAUGUUCUUCAAACCAUCAGUCCUUUUUGUAUCCUGCUGCUUUGCCAUUUGUUCAUCCUUGUUUCAAAGUUGUUGUGACCAUCAGCCAGUUACUUAGUGUUUUCAUCUUAUCUGGUUAUGAAUGGUCUUAAGGAUUUUAAAUGCCACAAAGCGCCUCCCCUGCAGAAUUGUUCCAGUCAGCCCUGGACCCAGAGCAAUCGAAACCACCUAUACGGUAACACAGCUGCGCUCCAUUCAGCAGGAAGUCAAGCUUUUUGUUUUGUUUUAAAUGAUGGCAGAUCAAUUUUAUGAUUCUGGCGAAAUCCUGUUUAUAAAUCAAUUGGCAAAUUAUUUUUAAUUUUGGGGGAUGGGUAAGUACACUUGUUGCCUACCUAGCCUGUACCACCCCCACAGAUAAGUUUUAUUUUUUACUCCUGAAAAAUGUUUUUCUUAAAUUAAUGUAGAAUCUUCAGAAGUUCAGAUACCCUGUUACAUGU